GUGACUCUCACAUGGCUUAGUUUACAGUCCAUGUUUAUUAUUUUGUUACAUCUUAAAAGAUCGCACGUGGUUAGUUAAAAAUUGGUUUAAAAAAAUUAAUUAAUCACCAUAAUUGUUUAUUGAUUAAUAAAUAAUAAGUAUUUGUUUAAAUUUUUAACAAUGAGUAAAAAACGUCAACGGAAAACUCAGUACAGCGAAAAUGAAUAUGAUGUUAUUCCAAAAUCUCUAAAAGUGAUCCGGAACUCCAGUCAGAAAAAACGUUUAAUAAUUAUUUUAGAAAAUGCUCAACUAGAAACUGUCAAGGUUGGAAAUAACUACGAGCUUUUGAAUAGUGAUAGGCACAGUGACAUAUUGAGAAAAAACAAUCGUGACCCAGCUAAUUCAAGACCAGAUAUUGCGCACCAAUGUUUACUUAUGCUCCAGGACUCUCCACUAAAUAAAUCUGGAUACUUACAGAUAUAUGUACAUACAGAAAACAAUGUACUUUUUGAAGUAAACAGGCUUACUCGCAUCCCAACUAAUUUCGACGAGUUUGCUGAAUUGAUGGUUUGCCUUUUACAUAAACAUAAAGUACGAGCUGAGAAUAACAAAUCGAUUCUUUUAAAAAUUAUUAAAAAUCCAAUUACUGAUUGGUUACCAGCUGGUUGUAAAAAAAUUUUAAUGUCCUUCAGUGCUGAUAAAAUAAAAGAUCCUGAAGAACUUGUUCCUGAUGAUGAACCAAUUGUAUUUAUCAUCGGAGCGAUGGCUCACGGACAAGUAAAAAUUGAUUAUGCAGAAGAAACAUUUUCAAUAUGCAGCCUACCAUUAUCCGGAGCACUGACAUGCAUUGAGUUAUGUUUAGCAUUUGAAAAAAAAUGGACUCGAUGAAAGUAUUUAUAUUUUUUUAAAUCAAUAAAUAAAAAUUAUUAGUGAUUAA